AUGUCGUCAGGGUCCAAUGGUGCCAGGCGCGUAGCGUCGCUUUUGCGGCCUGCGAUCUCCGAUCCCAGAGUGUGCAGAAGCUGUCAAGAAACGCUUGUCCGCCGCAGUUACGCCACAGCCUCUACACAGGCUUCCUCAGAAACUUCCUCCACCGCCGCAUCAACCUUCCCCGUUGUGAAGCCCACCCAUACCAUCAAGGCCGGCGUGGUCCUCUCCCGUCCCCCUCAAAUCACCCGCGACCUUACCGAUUUCGAGAAGGCGUACUAUUUCUACCAGAAGCGACUGAACGAGCGUCUCCAGUUGCCUUUCACGAAAUACUUCUACUUCAAGCGUGGAACGCCCGCCGACGAGGACUGGAAGCGCAAGAUCCGCGAGCGUCAGACCCCCGCACGCGACAUCGGCAAGUACAACCCGUACUCGAAGGAGGCAUGGAACGAUGAACUCCUCGUUGGAGCCGUCGAGUCGGACCCGGCCCACCAGGUGGAAAUGCUUGUGCAGGAUGCGGAGUCGACGGUCAAUGCCACUUCCCAGGAUACUAGCAAGAAGGAAGAGAUUCCGAGACCUUUCCCCCGGGUGACGGAGGCGGACCAGAAGAACGACCAGAGAAGCCUCAACCGGGCACUGCAGAGGACUCUUUAUCUCCUUGUGCAGUCCAAGGAGGGAUUCUGGACGUUUCCCAGCUCUCCCAUCGUGGCUGAAGAGACUCUCCGUCAGGUAAGUUCCGCUGGCUCUUCUCGUCAAGUGUUUCACCAGCGGCAGCAGCGCUAA